AUUCAAGCGUAGCGAAAGAUACCUUAGGAGACCGAGAGGCGUCCAUCUUUUAUUUGUCCGUUUGUGAACUCCUCCUAUGGAACAUAAAAUUGACCAAUGUUGUAUCUUAAAGGCAAGUAACGUGUGAACUCCUCCAUGGAACAUAAAAUUGACCAAUGUUGUCUUAAAGAAGUAAUGAAAGCCAUUCUAGAGAUAGCAAUAGUGGUCACAUUUUGGUUUUCCUCCGCAAGCAGUGCUGAAACAAAGAAUUCUAUCGCCACGUAUACAUAUGGAUUCCAAUGUUACUUCGGACACCAGCGACUGGACGACCAAUCCAAUGUCUACCUUCAGUACAACGGGGACCCGCUUCUUUGUGACGAAAUCAGUUUCCUUGGGCAAAGUGCAGCUCAUGGAAUUCCCUACCAGCUGUGUUUAACGCCUGUCUACUGUCGUGAUCCCUACUGUCAGGUUUAUGUGCAGUACAAAUCCUAUGCUACCGGAGAAAUUCUUCAGACCUUGAAAUGCAAGAACAAUCACACACAGACUUGGUGUUCAGAGAAAACGGACAACAUUUAUGUCAGAAUAAUGAUGGAAUCGUCCGUCCGUCAGUGGACGGAAGCCCGAAUUCGGAUCAAGCUGGAGGCCAAACCAAAGAAUCAGAUUGGAGCUGAGAAAAAUGACUCACACACAAGACAUGCUUUCUUCGCCAUUCUUGGAAUAUUACAGAUUCCCAUAUUUAUCGCCAUUUUUAGAUUGGUCCAACAGACUGCAAAGCGAAGAACGCUUACGGACUUCACUUCAUAUAUGGAACAUUAUGGAAGGUGCAAGAAGUAACUGUUGCAAGCGUUUUGAAGUGAGUUUCAGCAAAUUUCCAUAUGACAGAUUCAAGACUAAAAUUACAGGUUUAAGAUUUGAUUUAGUCAACAAUUAUCAUACUUAUUAAUCAAUUUCAAGUAAAAUUCAAUUAUAGCUUACUGACUUCCCCUCAUAUAUAUAAAACAAUAUCAAAGGUGCAAUUAGUAUCUCAGAAGCAAGCGUUUCCGAGUUUAUUGGCAACAUUUAUUCAUUUAUAAGUAGGCGGGUGUGACCGGUCGACAGGGGAUGCUUGCUCCUCCUAGGCAGAAGAUCCCACCUUUGGUGUGUCCAGGGGUCCGUGUUUGCCCAACUAUCUAUUUUGUAUUGCUUGUGGG